UACGCCGUGCGGAGGAAAAUAACUUUUAUUUUCCUUUCGUAAGCCUCCAGCAGUGAACCAUCGAUAAAAGACCAAUCCCUUCUUCGUCAGUGAUAAUAGACCAUCUCCAGCAACGUCUCAUCGGCAAACCACUCCCUUCUUCGCCGGCGGCAUCUCCAGCUGCGGCAAAGACCCGCUUUCAGAGCCAAUGUUAACGGCUCAUACCCACUCUGGCAGCGACAUCUCAUCCCCGUUCCUGCAACAGCAUCUCUAACAAGGGUGAAGACUCCUCAAGUAUUUCCAGAGGGAGCUUUGAUGGAGGGAUUAAUUAGUGCACAAUUGAACCCAAUUCGCACCCAUUCUACACAAGAAAGUUCUGUUUUUUUCCCUACAUUUUCUCUGAGGAUAAAGACAAUUGGCUUUGGUAAUAAAUUGGAGGCAAUGAGAAAUCUUAAAUCAGACACUUCAAUCAAUGCUUCGGUUCAGCCAUUGGAGGCCUCAAAAGAGGGCCAGUUCAACAAAGCAUUGCCAUCAAAAGAGGUCCUUGAGGUGUGGCGCGAUGCUGAUGCUGUAUGCUUUGACGUGGAUAGUACAGUAUGCCUAGAUGAGGGCAUUGAUGAACUUGCUGAGUUUUGCGGAGCUGGAAAGGCUGUUGCAGAAUGGACUGCUAGGGCAAUGAGUGGUUCUAUUCCUUUUGAGGAUGCCUUGGCUGCAAGAUUGUCUCUGUUUAAUCCUUCAAUAGCACAAGUCCAAGAUUUCCUUGAAAAGAGACCUCCAAGAAUUUCUCCUGGGAUUGAUGAGUUAGUCAAGAAGAUGAAGGCUAGAAACACUGAUGUUUAUCUGAUCUCUGGAGGAUUUCGCCAAAUGAUCAAUCCUGUUGCAUCAAUUCUUGGAAUUCCUGUUGACCACAUUUUUGCCAAUCAACUUCUUUUUGGAAGUGCUGGAGAGUUUUUGGGGUUUGAUACAGAUGAGCCAACGUCUAGGAGUGGAGGAAAAGCUAUUGCUGUUCAGCAGAUAAGGAAGGCUAAUGGAUAUAAAUUGCUGGUCAUGAUUGGAGAUGGUGCAACUGAUCUUGAGGCUCGCAAACCAGGAGGUGCCGACUUAUUUGUAUGCUAUGCUGGGGUUCAGCUUCGAGAAGCUGUUGCAGCUAAAGCUGAUUGGCUGGUGUUCAAUUUUAAGGACUUGGUUGAUAGCCUGGAGUAGCAUGCACCCAUUUUUCUUGAUUGAUACCUUUUUUCUGUUUCCUUUUGGGUGGUGGUUCUCUUUCUUUCACUUUACUAUUAUUGAUUUUUUGGGGGUACUAGAGUUCUAUGGGUUAUAACUACCAUGCUUCCAAAGAUCUUCUGCGUCAGUAUAUGUAUUCUUUGACAAACAUUUUAUGUAUGUAAUUUGUGAAAAUGACAGUCCUGAACCGUCUUGCCCAUUCCUGA